ACUUGAUUUAAUCUGGUAAAGUUUGUGCCUUCGGUAAAGGAAGUUAAGUGUUUAGAUUUAAGGUAAUCAGAUUUUGGUAAUGCCAAGAUCCUUUUUGAUAAAGAAGAUGGCUACCUCCCGCGAAGAAUCCACCGACUGCACGCCCAGCGCCUUCCAGCUCGUCAUUCCACGGAGAAUAGAUCUGAACGACAAGAAGAGUCCCUCUCCCAUACAUACAGGCGAUGCUGGAGCAGAACAUACAUCACGUGACCAUUCCGAUCUCAACAAGGAGACGUCGUCAAAAAUAUCAACCAUUGGUGGGAAUUUCGCGGCCUUCCGACCAUGGCUGACGCAAGAACAGAGGACAGAACUCUCGACCGUGAAAGAUUCCUAUUCGAAAGCUUUCUUGCCCGUAUGUGAAAACAGUCAGAUUGGGCGACAUCCGGGUUACCUGUUCACGCGUCCCGCCAAAGAUCUGCACGUGCCCCUGGACAGUUUGCUUUUCUUCCCCCACAAUAUCUUCUACCCCUACCAAUAUGUAAAGUGUCCGACAAGACCAGAUCCCGCUUUGUUCUCGAGACUCGGCGGGAACUUCAGAGACAAUUUUCACAUGUCGGACAAAAAGGACUCUCACGAGAUCUCGUCAACAUUUGAGUGUGCGCAGUGCAACAAACUCUUCAGCACACCUCACGGACUCGAGGUGCACGUGCGACGUUGCCAUAGUGGCACGCGGCCAUUCGCUUGUGACGUAUGCAAUAAGACAUUUGGCCAUUCCGUUAGUCUAGACCAGCAUCGUUCUGUCCACACGCAGGAGAAGAGCUUCCAGUGUAAAGAGUGCGGGAAGUGCUUCAAGAGAUCGUCCACGUUGUCCACGCACCUGCUGAUUCACAGUGACACGCGACCUUAUCCCUGUCCCUACUGCGGGAAGCGGUUCCACCAGAAGUCCGACAUGAAGAAACACACCUACAUCCACACUGGCGAGAAACCGCACAAGUGUCUUCAAUGUGGCAAAGCGUUCAGUCAAUCAUCAAACCUUAUCACCCACAGUCGCAAACACACUGGAUUCAAACCCUUCGCCUGCGAUAGAUGUGGUCGCGCCUUUCAACGUAAAGUGGACCUCCGGCGCCAUGUUGAAACACAGCACUCGCUGACCUUGUCACCUCACGUACAUCACGUGACAAACCUUAUCAACGUCAACUAGAUCCAAGUAGACCAGCAAGGUCUGGAACGACGGUGAACUAUGUAUAGUGACGAUGUUGAUGACAAUAUUGAUCGAACCCGGCUUGUGUCACGCGCAAGAUGACCACCGUUGAACCACCCAAUCUCCACAGGUUACAAGGAACAAAGUGGGUUAAUAUUGCUCCAAAUAUUGGCCGAGUAGGGCCACAAUCAAGUCUAAAAAGGGUACCCCAUCAGAAUGGGAUUGGAAGGUUGUCAUAUGGGAUCCUGAACAUUUGUGUCUAAAUGUACCCAUACGGUGUCUGGACCCUGCUCAUACUUCCCACCACUGGUUCGCCUGGUCCAGGCUUGAUCAAGACGUUAAGAAUCCCUAUACUGGCUGCAGCGUAGAUCGACAUUCUCAAUUAUGAUAUAUAGUUUGACGUGUAAUUAUUUUUCAAUGGAGGAAUGUCGGCUGGUUGGGUUCGAGACAACAGGAGACGGCAGUAAUCUUCUGAUGUGUCUAACUGUUUAUAUUUUUGUUUUCGUUACAACUGAAAGUUUCUAUUUACAUGAAAAAUAUUAAUGCACUGCGAAAUGUGGCACCAUUACAGUUGACUGUCCUGUGCAUGUGUUCGUCUUAUCCGGAGCAGACUUCCCACAAUAUAUUACUGCAUUCGGAGCUAACUGUUUCUGUAUUUAUAACUGUAUCCCGAAGCUGACUUUACAGUAUUUAAAACUUCGACGUAUCCGGUGUGCACUUUAUAUCUUCCUUAUAAAUAGAGCUGACUGUCAGAUAUUUCAUACUUCGUUACAUUGGGAACUGACUUUAGGAUAUAUAUAACUUCGUUAUAUCCGGAGCUGUCUCGAUAUCCGGAACUCUAUAGCUGAUAUCGGUUAAUACCAUCAUCACUGUGAGUAUGUAUACAUACAGCAGUUGUCUCCUGACCUAGGUCACGUGAUGGUCGUGGAAUUCGACAGAUCUAAUACCCACCUGCAACUCUCCUACAGAUUCCAUCACGCCAGUAAUUCUGACAGAGGUAGGUCGGUGUGUGGCUGUCAGGUCGGAUCCGCUGGCUAUAGGUUCGAAUACAAAAUAAUUUGUAUCCAUUUAACCUAUGU